AUGAGCGGUAGAGUAACUAGAUCGCAGAAACAACCCUUGGAGACAGGGUUGAAAUUAUUUCAGCGCAAACGGGCUACGGACGGGCGUCCUGAUCUAAAAGGACUGUAUGACCAUUUGGACGAGAUCUAUUUUAAUAAUGAGCUCGCAAAUGCGGGCUACACGUUUCACUGGGGGCCGAAAAUGCCAUCCGCUUCGGGGUGCACGGAUUUGCCUAGGCGCGAGGUGCGCAUAAACUGGAAAAUACACAAGUUGCUUCCUGAAGAAGAUCUGAUCGGGACCAUGCUGCACGAGAUGAUACACGUGAAGCUAUUCCGGGAGAGGAAGGAUUUCGAUAGCCUGAAUCACACUGAGGUAUUCCAAAGGGAAGUGGACCGUAUCAACGCUAUUGGACCCUAUCGAGCGGACAUUAUUCACCAUCUUCCACAGAGGGUGACUAAUCAAUUAUAUUAUAUUAUAUUAUAUUAA